CCGACGUCGCAUUGAAUUGCACGAUGCUUCCCAAUCAGCCGCGCCGCGCUAUUUAUCCUAACAGAAUGGAAGAACUCCCACGGCAAGCGAAAGGCGUCAAUCGGCAGAUAAACGUGUAAAUCGGCGCUUUUUCCAGGCAGCCUCGGUUGCCACAUCUGGGGAGGGAUCGGAUCGGAUUUUUCACGCCCUCCGCGAGCGGCGCCUCAGCAGGACAGCUGUGUCAUCAACAACCGGCGUGGUUUUGUUGUCGUCUCCUCCGACAGCCGCUUGGCUUGCGGCCAGUCUGCUCGUGCGCCCGCCGCCGCCGCUUCAGCACCGAGCUCGGCGGCCUCGCGACAACACGUCCCAUCGUCUCGGUCCUCCUCGUGUACCAUGAGCUCUGGCUCUGCCCAGGAUGUGGCAGUCGAGCAUUUCCUGCGUGACAUAGAGAGGCGGAGUAAGCGGCUACACUGCGCUGUGAUUGGCUGCGAGGCGGAGCGACCCCGCAGCGACAUGAACCUGCUGUAUCGCAAGAGCCGUUUGGAUUGGAGGCACAGGGACCAAGAUGGAAGCAAGAAAAGCUCCUCUCAAAAUGACCCCUCGGCGACCGUCGGCAAAGUCAGAGACUUGGCCUCGUUCCCGCACUUCCGAAUGGGCUUCAUGACCAUGCCGGCCUCCCAGGACCUUUCCCCUCACUCGUGUGCCUCAGCCAUGGCGCCGCGCUCGCAGUCCUGCCACGCGGUCGGUGCCGGGGACGCAAGUCUCGAGAACGGAGAUUACUCCGACAGCCAGUCCCAACACGGCGGCCGGUGCCCGCCGGUCAAACCCAAGCGCCACCCGAGCACUCGCCUCAGCUCCUCAUCCGCCGACGGCAGAGGACCUCCGGAGACGCCGCCGCCGCCUCCGCCGCCCUCCCACUCGCAGGCCAAGCACUCCGAGAAGAAGAAUGCCAUGAAGAAGUCCGACUCGGGAGACCUUGGCUCAAAAAAGCUGCCUCCUUUAAAACCCAAGAGAAGUCCCAGCACCCAGCUCUCCUUUGACCCACUUCCUCCACGUGUGCCUCAUUCUGCCGCAUCCCUCCCUUUCCAGGGAGCCGACUCGCAAGUCCAGACCAGAGACGGGGACGAUGAGCCGGUCUACAUCGAGAUGGUGGGUCAAGUGUUUACCAGAGAGAGCCAGACCGCGACCCCCCACCCCGUCACUCCCGUAGCCACCACGCCCGAUUCGGACUCGGACCAGAGUGAGGCCAUCUACGAAGAAAUGAAAUACCCGCUGCAAGAGAACCGAGAAUCUCAGAGACACCUGCCGGCCAAACACGAGAAGAUGAAAAGUUCGAAACAUUACCACGUCACCCCCUCGCCCUCCGGCAGCUCCUCGUCACUGCCGCGACCCUCCUCUUCCUCUCCCUCCUACUCUAAACCCAAAGCUACCGUCUCCAUCUCUCAUUCGUCCCCACUCCCUUCCUCCGCAUCCUCCACCCCCGUCCCCCAGGUCCUAUCCACCAGCCCUCACACUCCACGAGCGCCUACUCCCUACCUGCUGCAAGGGAGUAAAUGUGAACCAGACUCCAACACAAAGAUCCCCGCGCCUUUCCCAAAUCUUCUCCAGCACCGGCCCCCGCUGCUGGCUUUCCCUCAACCUGCAGCGGCCUCCAGCGGCGUGGGGGUGCAGAGCAAGGGUUCGGCCUCCUCCAAAAUGGGGACUCAAACGUCCAGCGUGACCACUCAAGCCGGAACCUCCUCCUCCUCCUCCUCUUGCUCCAACGUUCCGUCAUCAGGCUCCAAAGAGCCGUCGGGAGGAAGUGUGACGCCGCAAGAGAAACACAGCAGAGAUUCCCAGUCGGGACCCGCUCCCGGACUCAGAGCCAGGAGUCACUCGACGCCACUGCCGCCGUCCUCUAAAUCGACCUCACCUUUCUCCCACCACCACCACCACCACCCUCACCAUCGGCCCUCCCACUACCAUCACUAUCGCAAGCCAGAGAGGGGUGACUCUCCCGUUCCGCUCAAGAGCAGCUCUCAGACUUCCACCCAGGCCACCGUGCAGACCCAGACUUCAGGUACGGGCAAGGAAGGGAAGUCUGUUAGCUUCCUCUUGAAGACGGACAAAGGAGAGAAGGAUAAGGAUAGGGAUCGGGACAGGGACAGGGACAGGGACAGGGACAGGGACCGGGACCGAGAUCGAGAUCGAGAUCGAGACAGGGACAGGGACAGGGACAGGGAUAGAGGUAGAGACAAGGACAGAGACCGGGACCGGGACCGGGAUAGCGGUCCGCACUCUUUGCAACUGGAUCUUCUUCCUGCCACAAGCAGUCAAACGUCUCAAGGCAGCACCAGCUCCACGCCGACGCCUCUGUCUUCAUCCCAUCGCCCUCAUUCUCGUCCUCAUUUGCGCUCUCACACGCCCCACGGCCUGCCAGCUUACAGGCCGCCAUCCUCUGACAGCCCGCUGCUGUGGACUUACCCCUCCGGAGGCUUCCGCAGACCGCCGGCUUACGAGAGCUUGAGAGGAAGCUCGCAGACGCCGUCCUCGCAACAGCCCUCCAGCCUCACCGGUGUCGGCGAGGUUGGAUCCAAGAGUGGCGAAGGCUUUUCGUCGCUCCAGUCCAAAGCCGGCUUCAUGCCGUGGGACAGCAGCUCUAGCUUUGCAGCCGACGAAGGCUUCUCUUGGCCCCUGCAGAGGAAAUUGUCCUUCAGCCAUGGGAGCAGAGAAACCGAAAAAGAAGAAGGCCGAACUUGGAACGGCAGUGCCGAUGCCUUAUUGAGGAUGGAUAAGGAAGAGUUGGGAACGGGACUUCGAGGGGGCCCGUCGAGCAUCCCGGUGCACUACAGCGGCGCCGCGAGCCGGACCCUCGGCCACUGUGAGUCGCUGGCGGGCGGCGACGGCGGCCCGGGAUUCAGAGCCCUGCCCAGAAUCGGGAUGCCGCUUCCCUGCCAGACGUUUCCCGCCUGUCGCAACGGAGAAGCGGGGCGGCUGGGCCGUUCCUCCUCCGCUGCUGGGGCGAGACAGGCGGGCGGAGGUGACGUCCAGCGCCAGAGCAGUCUACCGGCACGAGAAGCCCUCCAUCAGCCGCAGCCUCAAGCGUCCUGCGGUCCCGGCAGUCCCGGCGUGUCUCGGCAGCGGCAGCAUCUGCAGCUCCACCAGCAGCAGUUGCAGUUGAAGCAGCAGCUCCAGCAGCUUCAGCAACAGCACCACCUGCAGCUGCAGUUCCAGCAGCUCGCUCGGCUGGCGCAGGGUCAGCCCGCCGCGGGCUCCGGCGCCGCCUCGUCCGCGAUGCAGACCCAGAGAGACGGCAAGUUGCUGGAAGUCAUCGAGCGCAAACGCUGCCUCUGCAAGGAGAUCAAGGCCCACAGGCGCCCCGAUAAAAGCCUGUGCAAGCAGGACAGCAUGCCCAUCCUCCCUAGCUGGAGACGGACACCCGAACCGCGCAAGACGGGCACGCCGCCUUGCCAAAGGCCGCAGGCCGUCGUGUGGGACACGGCGAUCUGACAGGAGGCCGGCCAGGACGGCGCUGACACGCAUGAGCGAGGGGGCCUCGUAUCACGAGACGGGGAGUCAGCCUUUUGUCUGACGGCGGCGGUUGCAGUUGCGCCGCUUCCGCAGAGCGCUGACGGAUAGAGGUCAAAGGUGAGAGCAGCAGUGAUGCCGAGGUGGAGCUGCUUGUUUCGAAACGGAAAUAAAAGAUAAGCAGGCGUUCCGAUCUUCUUCUCCUUCCCCUUCUGCGAAUCCUCCUCUCCGAUCUUUGCCUGUCGUCCGCGUCGUCUGCUACGUCUCCGGAUAUUUGCAAGUCUUCCUCGUCACGUCCGGAAAUCUCCUCUUUGGUCUUCCUCGUCGCCUCCCUACCAUUUGGCGUGUCCCUCCGCCGAUAUACCCACUCACACUUUCCUCCACUUAACUCUCGUCUUUCCUUCCGUCUUUCACACUUCAAAUUGCUCUCGACAGUCGGGGCCCUAAUUUUCCGACUUAUACCUCUGUUGGUCAUUUCAUAGACGAAGGCAGCCCGGCGGAUCCGAGAGCGGGCGGGCUGCGCCGCCGUGGGUGUGUUUACAGCUGACGUCGUUCGCCGCCAAUCGAAGCGGCGUUUCUGUGCGGAAGAGGAUGAUGCGUAACGCGACGUACGCACCUCUGCCCAGUGUGCCACAGACAAUGUGAGCGGGUACCCAUUUGAAAUAGAAAGUGAGCCGCUGAUAACUGCCGGCGACCUAAAAAUGUCCACGGACCUCGGUCCGAUCAAAUUCAACCAAAUUGCCGUUAGACCAGCGGUCUACCCUAGGCCAAGAUUCAGAUGUGUUCCGAGCAGGUGCAAGUUAAGACGCACUUUCUGCCACCAAAUUGUCACUCUGAGGGCACUCCAUCUGCCGCGGCGGAAUGCUCACCUUGGCGCCAAAUUGGCAAACUUGCAAGCGAGCCUUUGGCUUGCACAAAGAUCAGAAUCUUCCAGCGUUCGCAGGAUGCGCUGCCUGCGAAAAGAGAGCCCGCGAUCCGCACUCCUUGAGCUCCUGCGCCUUCUCCACUCCCUCAAUCUUGCCGCAGCUGACCUUCAUUCCUCGCCUCUCCAGGUUCUCCUCCACCUGCUCCCUCCUCUCACCGCAGAGCCCGCCCGAGCUCAUCUGCCAGUCUGUCCAUCACCAGAUCAAACGGGGACGCGAAUCGAACAAGGGAAAUGUCUUGCCCGGUUCAUUUCUACGUACUAAACUAUCCCUCCGGUUCUAAUUGCCAACAAUUUUGCCAUUAUUCUCACUGCUGAGGACGCCAGUUCGAUAGGAAAGCCUGAGAUCCGAAUUGCCAAAUUUCCUCCUGACUACUUGACGCAUCGAUUUUUUAUUAUUUAUUUUUUGUUUUCCCCUCCAAUGCACAGAGAGGAAUUAAAUGAAAGAGCAACACGAGUCCCACAGGCUCUGUGGUGCGUACAGGUAGGACUCCUUGCCAAGUCCUUCAAGUGUUUCUUGAAAAUUGUCAAUGAGUACGACACGUCUUGGUAUCGGUCGAUUGUCGUCGUGGAUGCAAGUGAUCGCCGAGGUGUCAAAGCUACCUACUCUAUGUGUUUGCAUAAUAUUUGUAAAUCAAGUUACUUUCGCUACAUUAUGUUUUUUGGGGUUUUUUUUCUCAAUUUUAUAGCAAUAUGCUCCCGGUGUGUGUGUGGUGGGGAGGGGGGGUGGGGGGGGUGUGUGACAUAACUCGCGGUGACUUCUAGCCUAUAAACGUACAUAUCUUAAGACUUGAACGAGUCAUAUUUACUGUGUCAUCCUCCGCAUGUCACAAUAGACAUACAGUCCUGUACAAAUACUGUGUAGAGAUGAUCAUGUGUGAAUUUUACAUACAGCAGAACGUCACGAUUGAGAACACGUGCUUGUAUAAAGAUGUUUUUUUUUUUUGGGGGGGGGGGGGGGGGGGGGGUUUCGGUACAAAAAGGAAAAGGGUGCGAAAAAUUGCUGAUCACUGAGGCUCAUUGAAUGAGACCGCUGUCCAAACGAUACAACGAACACGACUGUGAGUGUCGAUCACCUCAAACAGAAUGCUGGAACAAUCUGCACAACAAACCCUAAUGUACUGUAAAUAGAUAUGUACAAGUGUAUUGAAAAUGUAGCAAUUCUUUCCAUUUUCAUACUUGUAAUCAAUACAUAUUAUGUAGCAUAAACUGUAUAAACUUUGUUCACUUGUUUUUUGUUUUUUUUUUAUCUGCUGCAGCCAGGCCUUGCAUUACUUCGAGUUGUAAUAAACAGUAAACGCAGUCCAACACUUUCUUUAUGCAAGAUUCCCUUUAAGAUCACUUUCCUUUUGUAUUUGAUUUGAUUUGUAAUUAUUUUGACUUGACUCGUGGACAGAGUUCAACAGCUUGUCGUCUCCUCGCUGCUAUCUCCAACUACGGAUGUCGUCCGUUCCGAUGCUCACGCUGUCGCCGUCAGAAAACACGGUUAAUAUUCACGUGCUUAUUGUCACAUGUUUUUUUUGUUUUUUGUUUUUGUUUUGAUCUCGGAAAGCCACGUGAACUGGACUUCUGAAAAGUGAGCCCUCGUGUAAAAGUAUAAAGGCGUUUGAAUGUCUCUUGAUGGUUGUUGUUUAUGAUAGUUAGCACCAACAUGUAACCCCGUGAGAAGAAGACCUACCUAAGUGUCGGAGAGUCACUGCUUGGCCUUUUGUUUUUGUUUCACCUGCGCAUGU